UAGCGUCGGAAGUUGAAGAGAGUUUCCUGUGAGCUCGGCUUCCUCAACAUGGCAGCGCCCUUGUCAGUGGAGGUGGAGUUCGGAGGCGGUGCGGAGCUCCUGUUUGACGGUGUGAGGAAACAUCGGGUCACCUUGCCUGGACAGGAGGCACCCUGGGACAUCCGGAACCUCCUUGUCUGGAUCAAGAAGAACUUGCUAAAAGAGCGGCCAGAGUUGUUCAUCCAGGGAGACAGCGUGCGGCCAGGGAUUCUGGUGCUGAUUAACGAUGCCGACUGGGAACUGCUGGGCGAGCUGGACUACCAGGUUCAGGACCAGGACAGCAUCCUCUUCCUAUCCACGCUGCACGGUGGCUAAGGGCCCUUCUCCGCGCCUGCGCCCCCUUGGGGUGGGGAGAACAGAGCAGUCAGACAUCCCCCUGGGCCCUGCUUCCAGAUCUCCCUGUCUCCCUUGGUUGCUUUCUUCCCUGCUCUGUCCCCUGAGCUCCCUCCAGGCAGGGAAAAGAGGCCAGGUGCUAAAAAUGAGCCUUUCUCAGGCACGUGAGCAGGGGAAGGCGGGCGGGCGGGCAGGCGCCCGAGCCUGGCACUCCCUCUCCCAGCAGCUGAGGUGGGGGAGGGGGUUGGGUGCCCGUCGGUUUGUCAGGAGUGGAAGGGUCUGUGCGGCCAGGUGACCCAGCAGCUCUUUACUCCUGUGUCUCAGUCUACACACUGAGUGACCGCUGACGAGGCACUCCAGCUCCUGGGCCGUGGUGCCUUCCUGGGGGAAGAUGAAUGAACCUGAAUAGCUGAUGGCAGGCCCCUCCCUUCUCAAAGAUUGGAGGGGUCUCCGCCUCAGUUUCCCCAUCUGGACGGACAGCAGAGGGCUCUGCCUGUCCCCCACUGAUAUCAUUGUGGAACCCCAGCUGGGGUCCCCUAUUCAGUGCUGCCCCCACACACACAGCAGCUGCUCUUCCAGCCACACCCCUCCUCCUGCUCCCCCAUCCACAGCCCUUGACCCUGGCUGGCCUCCCCCCACACAGGCCACCAGAUGGGCUCCUGAGACCCUCCUCCCGGCAAAAGGCUGCCAGCAUGCAACUCAUUCUGCUGAGGGGGGAGAGAAGGAGGGUGUCAGCUAAACCUUGGACUGGUAGAUAGAGGCCUGGGGGGUCGAUGUGCCUCAGUUUCCUCCUCAACAACAACUGAAUUUUUAUAGUAUCUGAAAACUGGGGAGAUACUUGAUGGCACAAAUUUACACUUGAUCUCUCCUCUCUCACCUCCUGCAGGAAGCAGGAUGGGGGCAGACAGCACCUGGUAGGCAGGAUGGUUCACCCCUCCUCCUUCCAUCCCUCUGGAAAUCUUGGGACCUCAGUGCCUGCAACA